AUGGCCCUGCUGGGAUCCCUCCAAUCUCACGCAGAAAGCUUCCAGCACUCCAAUCGCAGCUUCAGCUUCGAAACCUUGGCCAACGUUGCGCUGCAGCCGGUGAUACGCGCAAAGACCGUGCGCGAGCUCUCACGCAACCGUGCAGAGACACUCUUGAAAGAGAAAGACGACGGGUUGCCAGCCUUUUCGGACAUCCUUGCGGAGCAGCAACGGAUUGAAUUGAUUGCAGCAGAUCAACUGGUUGAGCAGGAUGAGCAUGAAUACGUGACGUGCAUUGCACGACGUGUGGCGCUGACGAGACAGAGCGCGCAGAAGAGGAGAGCAGCUGUGACAGGUGUUUGCCUUGAAGUCUUUGCCUCAUGCGAUGGCCGGGUGCAUACAGAAGCAGACAUCCUUGCCCCCAACGUGUAUGCGCAUGACCAUGACCUGUGUGGAGACUUUGCCAAUCGGCAGAAAAUCGAAAAUCGGCCAGCCAGCCAGCCUACAUUUAACGUUGCAUGCGCCGCGUCGCCUCCUCUUUUCACAUUCUCCGCCGCAGAGGAAGCUGUGAACACUUCCAGCAUGGACACGACGCUGAGCCGGAAAUCCAAGCAGGAGAAACACGAGUGCCAUGAUGUUGUGGCUGGGGCAAUGGAGAGGGGGAAGUGGCAUUUCGGAGGUAAGAACUGCAAAUGCCCGCCAGAGCAUGUGGUAGCAGGCAAGUCCUGGGAGUGCGGCGAUGCGCUCGGGCAGCGACACUUCUCAAGCAAGAUGGCGAUCUCCUCCUGUGUAUGCAUGCCCACAAGCCCUUGUGAAGACAUGGCUGCAGGUGCAAAGAAGAGAAACUCAGCGUCCAAGAAUCCGGAUAGGCCUUGCAAGUGUGAGAAGAUGGAUGAGGUCCUGGAGGGCACGGCUCGGCAAUGCUCAGCGUAUUUGGGCGAGCGAUAUUUUCCAAACACCUUGCCUCCUCAGGAAUGCUCUUGCCGCCCCAAUGUCCUGGUGAAGUACAAGUGCGAUGAGAUUGCGCUCGGUGCUACUGAAGUGGAAAAAGAUCGGAGAGUCCAGUGCAAGUGUCCGGAAGAUCAGUUUCUGAACGGUGAAGACCAGCAGUGCAAAGACUUCCAUGGCGCGCACUUCUUCCCGAACAGGCUCAAGCCGGGCCUCUGCAGCUGCAGCGUAAACGGACGAGGUCCCCACAGCAGCUCCAAAGGACUUGGCUUGGGAUUAGCUUCGCUUCUCAUAUUGGCAGCAUCGCUCGCCUGGUGA